AUGCAUUUCGUUUCUUUUCCCAUCUUUUUCUUUCUUUCUUUCUUUCUUUUUCUUUCUUUCUUUCUUUCUUUCUUUCUUUCUUUUUCUUUCUUUCUUUCUUUUUCUUUCUUUCUUUCUUUCUUUCGCUUCGUUCAAAUUUCUUUCUUUCCGUCCUUUAUUUCAUUUCUUUCUUUUUCUUUCUUUCUUUCUCGCUUUCUUUCUUUCUUUCUUUCUUUCUUUCUUUUUCUUUCUUUCUUUCUUUCUUUCUUUCUUUCUUUCUUUCUUUCUUUCUUUCUUUCUUUCUUUCGCUUCGUUCAAAUUUCUUUCUUUCCGUCCUUUAUUUCAUUUCUUUCUUUUCCUUUCUUUCUUUCUCGCUUUCUUUCUUUCUUUCUUUCUUUCUUUCUUUGUGUCGCUUUCCUGUGCGCACCUUGUAACCUUGUUUGUUCUUUUUCCUUUUUUUAUCUUCCACGUUCUUUUUUUUCCAUUGUUUUUUCUUAUUCUUAUUUUUUUCAAUUAUUGUUCUUUUUACUCAUUUUAUUUAUAAGUUCUUUCAUUAUUAUUUUUCGUUCUUUAUUCUUUCUUUAUCUAAUUAUUUAUUCUUUUUCCUUCAUCAUUGUGCAUCAUUCUUGUAUAACAUUCUAUCUUUUAUUUCUUCACUGUUCUUUCUUUUUAUUGUUUUUCUUUCUUUUGUUUUAUACAUUCUUUUGUUUUUUUCUUUUCUCUCUUUCCUUCGUUCUUUUUUUUUCUGUUUUUUUUUCAUUUUCUUCUGUUUUCUGUCUUUCAUUCAUUUUCUUUCUUCUUUGCUUUUUCAUUCAUAUUUUUUUCUUUCUUUUCUGUCGCACUUUCAUUUUAUUUUUCCUAUUUUCUCAUUCUUAUCAUCUUUUUCAUUCCUUUUUCAUUAUAUUUUUUUCUUUUAAUCUUCCCUUCUUAAUCUUCCCAAUUUCUUCGUUUUUCAUUCAAUACGCUUUGCUUUUCUUUCUUUACUACCUUUAA